CCAUACAGCAAACAGGCGUGUCGGGUGCAGCAGCAGCAACCCAACCCGACCCGUCUCCUUUUUUCUCGCUUCAUUCCUCCCAACCUACCAACAGCAACUAUGAGCACAGCGAUCGCAAUGGCUCCCUCUCCGGCCCCUCACGACAGACCGUCGUUCCCUUCCGACCUCGCUCCCGCGUCUUCCGCACAGCACGGCGCUUCUUCGCCUGCACAACAAAGACCUCUUGCACCAACUGGAACUCCCAAUGCGACGGCGCAUCGGUCAGGCAGCGGCAGCCCUAGGGGUGCCGCCCAAGCUCCCAAGUCAUCUCCUCCCAGCGCCGCGAGACAUGCCAGCGGUGCACCAAAGAUCGUCGUGAAAAAAGAACCCAACUCCCCCGACUUGCCGACGACCCGUCACAGGCCACGCAAACUCGACCUGUCCAACAAGGGGGCACACCCGGGCUCCAACACUCCCGGCACUGCUAGGCCCAUGACUGCUAGGGACAACUUGGGCAUCCAGGAGGUCGGCCUUGCCUGCCUCUCGCCCGGGUUCGUUACCCAGGACCCCAUCAUGAAGGAACAGCUCCAGCGCAGCAUGAGUGUGAGGGACCAGCAACGCAUGAUCAUCGAGCAGAGAAUGCAGCAGCAAUCCGCGAAGGGCGAUGGCCCUGACACCUCUGGAAAGGACCCUGUGUCUCAGUUCGCAGCAAAGACCCCCGGCCUGUCUCGCAGGAACAAAGCCCAGCUCUCCAUCCUGCCGCCCUCCGCUGAGUCUUUUGCCAACGAGCGUGUCAUCCAGUCGGCCCCCUUGGGACACUCCUUCACUGGCCGCCAGCAUCCUGCACCGCUGUCUCGUCACAUUACAAACCAGCCAAACACUCUCUCCAACACUUCUCACAUCCACCACGUCCCUGCCAACCAGACAAACAACCGUCUCCCGCCCAUCAGUGAUGUCUUUGGACAGGUUUCUGGCCACCCCGACAAUGCUCCCACCUCUUUGUACCCCCAGACCAGCCGUCCCCCCAUGGCAUCACCUGGCCACCCCCCUCAGAUGCAGCAUGGCCCCCCUACUUCCGGACGUGCCAGAGAGUACAAGUCAGCGGAAGAGGCACAGCACGAGAUUGCCGGUGGUCGCCCCGAGCUGCUCCCUAAGAUCGUACACUACGGAAACGCUCACCAGCCUCCUACGCCUCCGUCUCCUGCCCCGGGAAGCAGAGCCGCUGAUCCCAGCCGCAGCGCAAGCAGGCGCCGCACCCGUGCCGAGUACGAGGACGGCAGCCCACCAUUGGGCCAUGGCCCUCCCCCCCAGCGAAGAGGACCAUUCGGCGCCGGUCGGGACAGCCCCGAGAGCCAAAGGCAAAAGCGCGAGGAGUUCAUGCAGCUCUGCGCCAGAGCCUGGGACCUUUUCCACUCUUAG